GAGCCCGUGCCCCCCGACGCCUCCGUGGCAGUGAAGUACUCGGGAUACCUGGAGUAUGCGGAUGAGCCCUUCUGCACCAACUGCAGCAGGAAGGGCCCUCGCCUGAUGAAACUCGGAAAAGACGUUACGCUCUGGGGGCUGGAAAUYGGCCUGCUCACCAUGAGGAAGGGAGAACUGGCGAGGUUUGUCUUCGCGCCCGAUUACGCCUAUGGGAAGCUGGGCUGCCCUCCCCUCGUCCCCCCGAACGCCACGGUCUUGUUCGAGGUGGAGCUGCUCGACUUCCUCAACUCGGCGGAAUCAGACGGGUUCUUUGCUUUGACUGCUGAGCAGCAGGGAAUGUUUCCGCUGCAAAAGGUGUUGAAAGUGGCAGACACGGAGCGAGAGUUCGGCAAUUACCUCUACCGUCAGCAGCGCUUCUCGGAUGCCAGAGACAGAUACAAAAGGGCUUACACCGUGCUGCGUCGCAGCCCUUCCAAUGAGGGAGAGAAGUGUCAGAUUGACGCGUCUAAGUUGCUGGUGCUCCUCAAUCUCUCGCUUACUUACCUGAAACUGGAGCGUCCUGCCAAAGCUCUGACCUACGGAGAAAAAGCUUUGGAGAUUGACCAAAGAAACGCCAAAGCGCUGUUCAGAUGUGGCCAGGCUUGUCUCUGCAUGACAGAAUAUGAAAAAGCCCGGGAUUUCCUGGUCAGAGCGCAGCGCAUACAGCCCUUUAACCAUGAUAUUACCAAUGAGCUGAAAAAGUUGGCAAGCUGUUACAAGGACUAUGCGGAUAAGGAGAAAGAAAUGUGCUGCCGCAUGUUUGCCACGCUCAACUCUUCUCCUGCGUGACCAGAAAUAAAGGACUUCCCCAGCUGAUAAAGACCAGCUCUCGGACCUGCAGAAAACUCAUGAUGGCAUCCAGGAAAAGGGGAAACCACUGUCCAGUUUGGAGAGGGGGACGUGGAGGCUCUCUUCAUCUUAAAUAAACCCAUUUUUCUCAGAGCUGGUUCUUGCUCAAUUCUGAGGUUCAGCGCUCAGAAGAGCUAAGUUCUACCAUGUGAAAGAGGAAAGUGUCCUCUUCUCUCUCGUAUUCUGAAGAAUCCUUUCCUGACAUCCUGCUUCUUCCAGGUUCUGGGCUGCUAUAAGGGAAUCUGUGAGUAGAAGUAGGAUGCCAUGAAGUCUUGUAUUGUUUAUACAGAUUGUUCCUUAAAAAUUAGAUUUAAUAUUAGUUUUUGUUCUGAGAAAAUAAACCAGUCUGAGAACUAAUGCUAGCAGAACUUGUGCCAACAAUUUAUUGUGCAAGAGUGAUGAAUGUCUCUUUCAGCGCAAGGAACUGGAAUUUGGAAACAGGGUCCAAUUUGUUGUUAGUAUAGCUAGCUCCCUUCUUGGGCAACACGGUGUGUUUUACUCUUUGUUUUGUCUGAACGUUCCUAUGCAUGUUGAUGCUAAAUUUCAAAUUACAUGAAGGCUUUUUUUUCCUAUUCAGGCAUUGCUGACUUUUCUAUGUUUGCUCAGGUUGGUUUCCUUCUGGAGCAAAACUCACCGUAUCCUCCCUGCAUGUCUCUGAACAUAGACCUUGGUGGUGUGACCGAGUUAAUAAACACAAAACCAAAUGCCUCUUGGUGAACCUGUGGCAGGCAAAUACAGAGCUAGAGAGAAACUGCUUGAAUUCCAUGGAGGAGGAACCUGGUAACCUGAAACGAUGUUUUUAUGGCAUUUGUCCCCUCUGUGCUUGGCCAGCAAGGUUAAUGUCUUCCAAAUGUACUCCAGUGCCUCGUUGUUGACUUGCAGGGCAUGGAGGGUUGCCCGUGG